UUCCUACAUCAAAGAAACCAUCAAAAAGAGAUUUCUCCAUCUCAUUAACCUCUCCCUUUAUUUCGUUCGCGGCUACGUUCUUAUCUCUACUCACAAGAACCAACAGAUCAGUAAAAAGACUCUUUCUCUCUCUCUCUCUCUCUCUCUCUCUCUCUCUCUCUCUCUCCUUGAUUUGCUGAAAAGAUCAAUGGGUUCUUCUGUGGAGCAGUGCAUUUUGGUGACAGGUGGUGCUGGGUUCAUUGGGACGCACACUGUUGUUCAGCUUUUGAAUCAGGGCUUCAAGGUUUCCAUCAUCGACAAUCUUGAUAACUCUGUCCAUGAAGCUGUUCAUAGGGUUCGUGAGCUUGUUGGUCCUGAUCUCUCUUCCAAGCUUGAAUUCAAUCUGGGUGAUUUGAGAAACAAAGGAGACAUUGAGAAACUCUUUUCCAAUCAGAGAUUUGAUGCUGUGAUUCACUUUGCUGGUCUUAAAGCUGUCGGUGAAAGUGUUGCAAACCCUCGUCGUUACUUUGACAACAACUUAGUUGGAACUAUCAAUCUCUAUGAGACAAUGGCAAAGUACAACUGCAAAAUGAUGGUGUUCUCGUCGUCUGCAACAGUUUAUGGCCAACCAGAAGUAGUCCCUUGUGUGGAAGACUUUGAGUUACAGGCUAUGAAUCCUUAUGGUCGCACUAAGCUGUAUCUUGAAGAGAUAGCUAGAGACAUUCAAGCGGCAGAGCCAGAGUGGAGGAUAAUUCUCUUGAGGUACUUCAAUCCUGUUGGAGCACACGAGAGCGGAAGGAUUGGAGAAGAUCCAAAGGGCAUACCAAACAAUCUCAUGCCUUAUAUCCAGCAAGUUGCGGUUGGAAGAUUACCUGAACUCAAUGUGUUUGGACAUGAUUAUCCUACACCGGAUGGUAGCGCGGUCAGAGACUAUAUUCAUGUAAUGGAUUUAGCAGAUGGACAUGUCGCUGCAUUGAACAAGCUGUUUACUGAUCCAAAGAUUGGUUGUACUGCUUAUAAUCUUGGGACUGGUCAAGGAACUUCUGUCUUGGAAAUGGUUUCUGCUUUCGAAAAAGCUUCUGGCAAGAAAAUCCCAAUGAAAUUAUGUCCAAGAAGAGCUGGAGAUGCAACAGCUGUGUAUGCUUCAACUGAGAGAGCUGAGAAAGAACUAGGAUGGAAGGCAAAAUAUGGAGUGGAUGAGAUGUGCAGAGAUCAGUGGAACUGGGCAAACAACAACCCAUGGGGUUUCCAUGAAAAGCCUUGACCUUCUUCCUCUUUCUCUUAAAGCUUUUCUUUUUUUCUUUCGUCACUAAACAUAAGGAAAAACAAUAAGAAUUGUAUCGAGCAUUCUUCUUCCGGCUAAUAAGAAUUUACUUUAAACUGUA